GGAGGAUGUGAGGACAAAGAUUGCACCUGAGCGAAAACAAACGCAGCUCGAAUACCAGUGGUUAUCCAAUAAAAGCAGUCUUUAUCCUCUCCUAAAUUUCUCAAACCAAUGACAACGCGAUACUCACGGAAUCUCAUUUGCCGAAUAUUUUUUCCUAGCUAGCUAUGUUUGAUAGAGAAUAUGAGGAAAGCAGCAGUGACGGUCUCGUAGCAGCGACAAUGCUCCGGCCUGUCAAAACCGGCUUGUUCAGUUUUUUCCCGUCACAUCAGUGACCAUGGAUGUCAGAGGAGUUCUGGAGUUUGCCACAGUCACCAGGGGUCUGUCACUCUUGCUGCAGGCUGUCUUGAAUGCUGCCAUCCCUGACCACGAUGCUGAUGCGUUCAGGCCCCCACGGACAGAGGAGCCUCUGUACUUGGACUCCACAGUGGAGUGGCUGCUGGGGGGCCUCUCUCACUGGGAUGCAGAGCAUUUCCUCUUCAUAGCUGAAAGGGGAUACCUCUAUGAGCACAACUUCGCUUUCUUCCCCCUCUACCCCGUCGUCCUCCGGGGCCUGGCAGAGACGCUGCUGUGGCCCCUGAGCAGCUGGCUGAGCGUGCGGGGGCGUUUGCUGCUGGCCGUGGCUCUGGGGAACAGUGCCCUCUUCCUGCUGAGUGUGGUCGCCUUGUAUGCGCUCAGUAGAAUAGUUCUUCAGGACAGACGUCUUGCUCUGCUCUCCACUCUGCUCUACUGCAUCACACCUGCCAAUGUUUUCAUGACCGCCGGAUACUCGGAGAGCCUGUUUGCUGCACUCACAUUUGGCGGUCUGUUCCUGCUGGAGAAAGGAUUCACGUUCCGGGCCUGCCUGGCCCUCAGUAUAGCCACCGCCGCACGAUCCAAUGGACUUGUUAACAUCGGGUUCCUACUGUAUCUUCCAUCACUGCACGCGAUCUCCCAGAUUCGUGUAUAUCGAACGACAACAAAAGGCCACAGUAAAGUCUUCCACUACAUUUGGGUCAUCAUCCGUCUCCUGCUCACCUCCCUCUUGGGAACUGCAAUUAUUGCCCUUCCCUUCUGUGCAUUCCAAUACUAUGGGUAUAGGACGUUCUGCACACCAUCCUUCUCCUUGGAACGGAUCCCCCCUGCUCUUUUGUCGCUGGCUGAACGGAAGGGCUACCGGGUUCCAGAUGAAAACGGUCCGCCACCCCUCUGGUGCAUGAGACCCCUCCCCCUGCUUUAUUCUCAUAUCCAGGAUGUGUAUUGGGAUGUGGGCUUCCUGCGCUACUUUGAGCUGAAGCAGAUACCAAACUUUAUUCUGGCUCUACCUAUGGCUACCCUCGGCAUAAUGGCAGCUUAUGCAUAUUUUCAAGCAAAUCCAGAGUUGUGUCUGAGACUUGGACUUUGGGAGACAGGUGCAAAUAAAGGGCUUGACAAACCCACGCCGGGACUUUUCAAUCCCAGAGUGUUUGUGUAUGUUGUACACUCGACAGUCCUUCUGGUGUUUGGAACAUUGUGCAUGCAUGUGCAGGCUCUCACCAGGUUCAUGGCCUCCUCGACUCCCGUGCCCUUCUGGAUAAGCGCUCAUCUUCUCCUCCUAAAUGAGCCGCUUCUUCAUCGAAGGAAAACGUCGAACCCCAGCAUACAGCUACAGGCACAUUCCAGAAAUGGAUGCAAGCACACGCCACAAAACCCCAUCAUUGCUCUGCUGCCACACUUCACGGCCUGUUCUCCUACCACACAGAGCAUCCUGGGAUACUUCCUCUCUUACUGGGUUCUGGGCCUUGCACUGCAUUGCAACUUCUUGCCAUGGACAUGACUUAAAACGUUACUCAGAGCUUUAAAUGCAAUGUUGCUAUGUAGGACUGGGCUGUACACCACAAUUGAAAUGAUCUGAAUCCACACACGGGUGUUUUUACGGUACAUCAUCAGUAGUCCAUUUUUGUGAUCCCAGUAAAUGUUAAAUUAUUGUGAAAAGAAUUGUAUGCUUGAAUGCAACAUUUUGUCAAAGUCACAUUCAUUUAAAAAAAUCAACAUCAUAAUAUUAAGAUUAUGUUGCCCAGUCCUACAUAGAACUUUAUGAACAUGAUUACAUUUUUGAUGCAGAUUUAUUCAUGCAAUGGUCAGCUCAUCUGUUAAAUAUGUACAAUAUACCUUAAACUUCACUGAACAUUGGUUGUAAAUCUCGGGAAGACUAUGGUUGUUCUUGAAAAAACAAAUAUAUUUUUAUUUGUUGCGGAAGCAUUCCAUUUUAUUUACUCUGUUUAAUGUUGCACUGCAUGUUUGAAAGACUUGUUCCAGGUUAUAAUUUGGGGUUCUUGGAUGUGAAUGAAAAAAGUAAGUUUGGGUUUUCUUUUUGCUGUUAAAGGAUCCUCAAUUUAGUUUUGUUUUCAUGUAAAGGUAAUCCUUCUUCUUGAGGCAUUCAUGUAAAACUGCUAUGUUGUGUUUUGUUGUGAAGAAAUUCAAAUUCAAACACAUGUAGAGAAAAUGUGUGCUGAUUUUUCUUCUCGCGUGAAAUCUUUCCUCUCUGUCUCUUUACACAGUCUGUAAACAGCUUUGUCGUCUUUCAUGGUUUACUUACCAAACAGAUCCUUUACUGCGUUGUAACUGGCACAGAUGUGUCAGAUCUCGAGUUCCCCCCGAUGUUUGCUCAUUGAAAAAAUUAAGGAAAAUGAUCCUCUGACUUUGUCUUUAUGGAUGUUUUCUGGAAAAAGCCAUGCUGAAAUCACGAAACAACAAACUAUUUAGACGGGCCCGUUUCCCAAGCAAGCAUGUAAUUAGACAGCACAUGCAGCAUGACAAAGAAAAAUGAACUGGAAGGUCAGGGUGUCUCUCUGGUGAACAGUGUGAUUCAUUUAAGAUCUGUACAUCGCUUUUCUGGCCUGUGGAGAAUCAAUAUUUUGAAUAUUAACAAUUGUGUGCAAGGAGCUAAAGAAUUAAGA